UCUUUUGUCAUUUGAUUCUGUGUCACGGUUCAAACAGGACCAUCUCGAAUUUCACAUCCUAAUUUGCGAAAUGUCACGACAUUGACCUCGUAUGCAAUCGUCGCGGAUAAAAGGCGCGUUAAAUUUACCACGGUUUGAAUAAUCGUGUAACGGUUGUGAUAAAAAUAGUAUCGUGUUACGAGACGAAGAGGAAAUGAUAGGAUUAUUGUCUCAUCAGUGACAAUAAUAGAUUAGGAAUUUAGGUUAUCUUGUGCAGGAGAGACACGUAUCUGAGAAACUUUAUCGAAGAUUCGGAGAAACAUACUACUCUUUAUCUCUUCAUACUUUGUUAGUUUCGAAAUUAAAAAAAAUUAUAAAGUCAUAUAUUUUGUUGAACUUCGAUAUCGGCAUGCAGUAUGUUGAUAUCUGCAGUGGAUAGAGAAAAAAGAAAAUCUUACUUUUAAAUAUCUUCACAACGACAUUUCGAUGAAAGAAAUCCAACAAUCGCAUUUUGACGUUAUAAAUAUUAAAAAUUUUUUAAAUCAAUCAAAUAAUUGACAUUAACGUUAGAUGUUCAGGAAAGAUAUCCAGAAUUCUCUGAAGUUACUGGGGGAUCUACCUGAAAGAAAUUACAUACAGGAAGGUUCGUCAUUAAACUGAAGCUUGCGAUUCUGCGACAACCGUAGAUGCAGAAGACGGUGUGAGAGAUGUGUGUGUCUAACGAAGAAGUGUCUGCAGAUUGGAUCACAUUGGACGGACUAAUUUAUCGUGGGAAAUAAUCAGGAUGCGAAGCGCAUUGAUGUCCGUUCUGCUUCGGCAGUGCAACAAAGUUGCUGAAAGAUGUUCGGGGAAAAUCGCAAGUCGUUACUAUUCGAUCAGUGCUGCGAAACCUGAAUUAACAUCGAUCAGGUACAAAAUACGACGCGGACCCUACGCUACGGUCACGGACGCAGAUGUUCGCUUCUUCGACUCGUUGCUCGGAUCUAACGGUCUCAUCACAGAUCCGGAUGAAUGCGAAGGCUACAACAUCGACUUUGCAAAGACUGUCAGGGGUGCCAGUCGGCUAAUACUGAAACCGAAAUCCACUGAACAGGUUUCAUCCAUAUUAAAAUAUUGUAACGAAAAGCGUUUAGCAGUUUGCCCACAAAGCGGUAACACCGGACUGGUGGGCGGUUCCAACCCGGUAUUUGACGAAAUCGUCAUCUCCAUGAAGUUAAUGAAUAAAAUUUUGGACACCAAUGAAUUGGCAGGUAUACUGACAUGCGAGGCUGGAUGCGUUUUACAGGACCUAGACAACCAUUUAGCUAGAGUUGGCUUAAUGAUGCCCUUGGAUCUUGGAGCCAAGGGGAGUUGUCUGAUUGGCGGUUGUGUAUCAACUAACGCAGGUGGAUUGCGGCUUUUACGUUAUGGCAAUCUGCACGGAACCGUCUUAGGAGUCGAAGCAGUAAAGGCAAACGGCGACAUCGUGAACUGCCUGAAUGCGCUAAAGAAAAACAACACCGGAUAUCAUUUAAAACAUCUCUUUAUAGGAUCUGAAGGCUCUUUAGGAAUUGUAUCCAAAGUAUCUAUUCAAUGUCCACCAUUGCCGAAGGCUGUGAAUCUUGCAUUUCUAGGAUUAGCAAGUUUCGAUAAGGUGCUGAAAACAUAUCAUUUAGCGAAACGCCAUUUAGGCGAAAUACUGUCCUCCUGUGAAAUGAUAGAUCGAAUCUCUAUGGACGUUUCCGUCAAUACCCUGGGGUUGAAGAAUCCAUUGACAAGCCGCGAGGAUGGUCACGAGUUUUACAUGCUUAUUGAAACUUCCGGUAGUCAUUCGGCCCAUGACGAAGAGAAACUAUCCUCGUUUGUUGAAAAAGCGAUUAACGAUGACAUUAUCGAAGAUGGCACUUUGACCAACGAAACAACAAAAGUUAAUAAUAUAUGGGCACUAAGAGAAAGAAUUAGCGGAGGUGUCUUGCGUGAUGGAUACGUAUUUAAGUAUGAUCUUUCGCUACCGCUGUCUUCCUUUUAUGAGGUAGUCGAGGUGCUUCGCAAGCGAAUACGCGAUCCGCGUAUUGUUAGGAUCGGCGGUUACGGCCAUUUAGGCGACGGAAACAUCCACAUACAAGUCUCUAUUCCGGAAUAUUACGAGGAUAUAGCAGCACAAAUAGAGCCAUUCAUCUUCGAAUACGUUUCACAGUGCCAGGGUAGCAUCAGUGCGGAGCAUGGUAUCGGUUUUAAAAAAACCAAGUAUCUCCACCUGAGCAGAAGCUCUUCCGAGAUCGAGAUGAUGUACGAUCUUAAGAAAAUGAUGGAUCCGAACUGGAUUUUAAAUCCUUAUAAGGUGUUGCCAAUUACAGAAAAGUCAUGAUCAUCGUAAGAGUAAUUUGUACAUAAAAAAAUAAUGUAAAUUUUCAAUGUGCCAUUUGAAUAAAAUCAGGAGAAUAAGUAAAGCGCGA